AUGACUAUAAACAGGUAUACCACUAAAAGAAGAGAGAAAAUGGAUAAAAGUAUCUUAGCACCUACCGGAAUGGUGGUAACACCACACCACUUAGCGUCGCAAAGUGCAUUAAAAAUUCUAAGGGCUGGAGGAACUGCGAUGGAAGCUAUGGUCGCCGCUGCGGCUACAAUUGCUGUGGUAUGUCCUCAGAUGAACAGCAUUGGAGGUGACGGUUUCUGGCUCAUAAUCCCUCCUGAAGGAGAACCCGUAGCUAUUGAAGCUUGCGGAGCAGCUGGUAGUUUAGCUACCGAAGAUUUCUUUAAAGGAAAUGAUAAGAUACCCUUAAGAGGACCUAAAGCUGCACUUACUGUAGCUGGAACUGUUGGUGGAUGGGAAGAAGCUUUGAAAUAUGUAGCUGAAUGUGGUUAUCAAAGAUUUUCUGUUUCUGCAUUGUUAACAGAUGCAAUAUCAUAUGCAGAAAGAGGAUUUCCUAUAUCAUCCGCCCUUGCAAAUGAUAUUGUAGAAAUUCUUGAGGAUCAAAAUAUUUCGAAGGAAUUGAAAAACAUUAUAAAACCAGAUGAAAAAUUCCUAAAAACGGGUCAAAAGUUUUAUCAAACGAAGCUCGCCGAAACUUUAAAGGAAUUGUCGGCAAACGGAUUAAAUAGUUUCUAUCGGGGUAAUUUGGCAAAAUUGAUUGCGAAAGACAUGGCCUCCCUUGGUAUGCCAAUCACAGAAUCAGAUCUUGCAAAUUACACGCCCGUUAGACGGACUCCUCUGAGAUUACUCCACGAAUACGGGGAAAUUUUCAACCUUCCUCCACCGACACAGGGCUUAGUUUCACUAUCUAUUCUUGCUAUGUUAGAUAAGCUACGCAUUAGUGGCCAACAUGAAGGUCAAUUUAUUCACACAACAGUAGAAGCUACAAAACAGGCAUUUAUAUUACGAGACCAGCAUAUUACAGACCCUAGUUAUAUGAAUGUCGAUGCUCAAUCGCUGUUAGCUAGUCAUGCGAUUACUAAAAUGGCGACUAAAAUUAAUCCGCAUCAAGCAUUAUCUAAAGUAAAGGGAGAGGGUCCAGGAGAUACAAUUUGGAUGGGGGUUAUGGAUAGCAAAGGAUUUUCAGUGUCUUUUAUACAGAGUUUCUUUUACCCUUUCGGAAGUGGUUUAGUGUUACCGUCGACUGGUAUAGUGUGGCAAAAUCGCGGAACAUCUUUCAAAUUGGAAAAUAAUCAUAUAAGAACCGUACGUCCUGGUAAAAAGCCUUUCCAUACGCUAAAUCCAUCAGCUGCACGCUUACAUGAUGGUCGUAUAUUAGUUUUCGGCACUAAGGGAGGUGAUGGUCAACCUCAAACACAAGCUGCUGUAUUCCACAGAUAUGUUGUGCAAAAAAUGAACUUACAAAAGGCAAUUUCAGCGCCUAGGUGGCUUUAUGGCCAAACGCAAAAUGACCAUAAUGAUGACUUGAAAUUAGAAGCUAGAUUUGGUAACGAUACAAUCGAAUACUUAAAGCAAAGAGGUCAUAAAGUACGAUUUUUACCUGAAUAUACUGAAGAUAUGGGAGAAGCUGGAGCACUAGUGAGGCACCCAGAUGGUAUUAUCGAAGGUGCAUUCGAUCCUAGAAGUGACGGUAGUGUAGUAGGUUUUUAG